UACGCCCGUAAUGUGAUGAAGAAUCAACGGUCCACUUGGGAUGUCCCGGAAACUAUUACCAAAAAAGAAAAGUAGGGCAUUCGCAAAUAUUUUGGCGGGCAAGGAUCCUGAGCAGUCUAUCACCCACUGAAGAAGAAUUCCCCUUUUUAUCCCCAAAUAUCUCCACCUUGGAAUUUUCGAGCAAAAAUCAGGGACAUGAUUUGAUUCAUCUGUUGACUUUGAACGUAUGUGGAUAUGCAUGUCUUCUCUGCUUGUUUUGAAGUUCUUUGAUCAUGCUAUACUCACUAAGUUGGGAAAUCUGAACUACACUUAAAAGUCUGGCGCUAGAGCAUGGCGUGCUACUGGUCCUCUCAUCAUCAUAUACGUACAUUCUGGCAAAGGCUUCAUCAUCACUUGGGAGGUAAACUUUCAGUAAUCCAAAGGAUUGGAAAUGGCAUGUGUUACAACCAGGUACAGAUUCAUCUACGUCCAAGUUCAGCCACUAUGUCUAAGAAGGGUUACUGUAACCUAUCAAGUGGUUUGGACUUGGAGUCGGACUUAUCAGAAAUUGGUCAUGCAACAACUUCUCAAGGUUCUUCAGUAAUGUCUUUUGAAGUUGAGAAAGCCAUGCUCCAGGAUGUUCCCAUGGCUUCUCCCAAAGUUAAAGAGAGAGAUUCUUCGAAUGGACGAGUAAUGCUCGUUGAUGGAACAUCAAUCAUGUAUAGAUCUUACUACAAGAUUCUAGCCAAGUUGCAGCAUGGUUAUUUGGAGCAUGCUGAUGGCAAUGGAGAUUGGGUUUUUACCAUAUGUACAGCUUUGUCUUAUAUGUUUGAUGUCUUGGAAUUCAUCCCUUCUCAUAUAGCAGUGGUGUUUGAUCAUGAUGGAGUUCCAUUCGGUCACACUGCUGUCUUCCCUUCUAAUGAAAAUUACAUGGCAAAAGGUCUGACAUUUCGCCACAAUUUGUAUCCCUCAUACAAGAGUAACCGCAGCCCUACACCUGAUACCGUUGUCCAGGGACUUCAGUAUCUGAAAGCAUCCAUCAAGGCAAUGUCCAUCAAAGUAAUUGAGGUUCCAGGUGUUGAAGCGGACGAUGUGAUUGGAACUUUGGCUGUAAAUAGUGUUGCUGCUGGGUUCAAGGUACGGGUUGUUUCUCCUGACAAAGAUUUCUUUCAGAUUUUAUCUCCUUCAUUACGCCUUCUACGAAUCAAUCCACGUGGGCCUCAGAUGGCUUCAUUUGGACUGGAGGACUUUGCUAAAAAAUAUGGGGCUUUGAAACCUUCUCAAUUUGUUGAUUUGGUUGCACUUAUGGGUGACAAAGUUGAUAACAUCCCAGGAGUUGAGGGUAUUGGAGAAGUUAAGGCUCUCAAGUUGAUCAGCAAAUUUGGUACUUUGGAGAACUUGUUGAAUUGUGUCGAUCAAGUGGAAGGAGAUCAGAUGAAAGAGGCUUUGAUGUCAAAUGCUGAUCAGGCCAUCUUAAGCAAGAACUUGGCAAUUUUACGCACUGACCUUCCGUUUUACAUGGUUCCGUUCAAUACAACCGACCUUGUGUUUGAGAAACCAAAGGACAAUGGAGAGAAGUUCAUAAGCCUUUUGAGAGCCAUAGGUGCGUAUGCAGAAGGAUAUUCUGUAGAACCCAUCAUUAGAAGAGCAUUUCAUCUAUGGAACAAGAUUCCGGCAUGACCGUAGUUACCUAUUUUCCAGUUAGGCCGCUGUUCAGAAUUCGGAAGUGCGAGAUUCUCAAAUUCUUUUGGUCUUAAAAUUAGUUUGUCUUUUCUUUGUAAUAUUGGAUUCAUUUUUGGAAAGAAGAAAUAUGGAAAUAUAACUGAAAUGGGAAAACCAAGUGAGGUUAGUUCCCUAUGUAUAUUUGAUCAUAUACAACCCAUGGUCUCCACUAUACAUUUUUCAGCAUAUCCUUUAAUUUGAGAAGUGAUCAUACUUGGACAGGCUAA